AUGCUUCGAGAAGCGACCGUUCGCAAGGUCUUGAACAUCGACACCAACGCCAUCCAACCGCUGACCCUGGAGUCCAUCGCAAAGGGCACCAGUGUCAACCAAGCUUUGCAGGACGUGAACGUGUCCGAGUGGUCAAACCAUGCCAUAAGCAAUUGCGAGGCUCCCAAGACGACCUUGAGCAUUGCAGGAGCACGCACGGGACUGUGGCGGGAGCACACCAUGCACAGCCAAAAUGAGCGCGAGACCAGCAGGUGCAGGCACCGAAGCUGCGCGAUUCGACUUGGACCCACAUCGCCAAAACAUGGAAUGUUCUUCAUUAGUUCGAAGGCAAGAUAUUGUGCGGUAUUGCAGAAAUUGUGCACAACAGGACCACCCUGCGCGCUCGACGAGUUGCGCUGCAACAACACGGCUAGCGGGAGGCUGGUCACCGAGGCUUUUCUGCACGCCCUAAAGUGCAAUCCCAUGAUGUGCAAGCUCGGCUAUGCUGUGACGGAUGCCUACUUCCGUGGCGAGAUCGACAAACAGCUCACCCGCAACAACGACGCCGCCCGCAAGCGCCGUCUGGAGGAAAAGCGCCGAAAAGAGGCAGCGGAGGCGGAGGCACUCGGAGUUGAAAACCAGAGCCCGAGUGCUAAGACAUACCCGAAGGUGCGUGCUCAGGCCAAAGUCAGCUGGCCUCCUAAGGCACCUGAGACUCUGGAGGCUGCAGCUGAGUUGUCGAAGGAGCCGCUGAAAGAGCAGGAGGCUGCCGAUGCCGCCAAAGAGGCCGAGGAAGCGACGCUCCCCUUGGAUGUGGUGGAAGAGAAGGAAACGGAUGUUGACAUGAAGUCAAAUCCCUCUAAUGCGAAGAUCGAACCUCAGAAGGCCGAUGCAUCCAAAACGAGCACAGAGAAAUCAGAGAAGGCUCAGAGUCUCUGGAACACUUCUUGGGAGGAAAGGAACCCUGCCGAGAGUCUCGAUGAAAGCUCGGAGGUAAAGAAGACUACCCAGACCAUCGAAUCCUUUCUUGCUGAACCCUUGGAUGCCCUUCCCGGCAUGGUCGAUGGCAGGGAACGUGCUUCCGCAAAGGCCGACUUUCGUGGCUACCUCUACAAGAAGAGCCCAGCCACUCUGCGGAUGAAGGCCUGGGACUGGAGGUUUUUCGUGAUCCAUGGCCGUCGGCUAGUGUGGUGGAGGAGAGACCGAGAUGUUCCGGAGAGCGCGGAAGAGUUGAAGCAACCUGACCCACCUGGGUGUAAAGGCUUCAUCGACUUUAUGUUGAGUCGUGCCCGCGUUGUACCGGAUGAGAAGAACCCUACACUGUUCAUACUAGAGGCGGUCGACGGUGUCUGGAAGGACGGCUCCCUCAAGGACAUGAGCGAUGCACAGCGGAUGUUUGAGUUUGAUUGUGCUGAUUCAGCACACACCAGAGAGCAGUGGAUCGCAGCCUUGCGUAAACUGCAAGCAUAA